AUGCCUCCCUUCCCAGUCACGUAUCAACCGCUACCGUUCACAACCCUUCCUCCAUUCGCAUAUCAACCGUCGUCGCAGUUCACAACCAUGCCACCGUCGCAGUUUACAACCAUGCCACCGUCGCAGUUCACAACCAUGCCACCAUCGCAGUUCACAACCAUCCCGCCGCCGCCGGAGAUGAUCAUGAUGUCGUCGUACUCAUGUGUGCAAUCCCCGCAGCUACUUUACGGCUACCCCUUGCCGGCGGCGCAAAGAGGAGACACGUGGAUGUCGGACUUUAACGAUAGGGCAGUGGAAAGGUUUAACUCAUGGGCUAAUAAUAACGCGGGCACUAAUGAAGAUUUCCCCGUCGUCGAAAACGUACUCGGUUUUGAACCUGCAGAUCGAACAACGGUCGAAAAUCUGGAAAUAAAGAAGGCCGAUGAGAAGUUGGUGAAACACGAUGAUCGUUGUUCAGUUUGUUUAGAAGGUUGGGAGAAAGGUGACGAUCUUAAGAUUCUUCCGUGCGGCCAUUAUUUUCACCCAAAUUGCGCCGACGAGUGGUUGUUAACCAAUCGAUUUUGCCCAUUAUGUCGUUUUGAGUUGCCGCCAUCGGAAUGA